AUGAUCAAUUACAAAUAUCUGAACUUUCAGAAACUAUACAUCAAGUGGUUUCCUGAAAAGAAAGGCGUGGCAUGUGGUUGUAUUGUUGCUGGUUUCGGUGGUGGUGCGUUUAUCUUUAAUUUUGUGCAAACGUCAUUUAUUAAUCCAAACAAUUUGUCGCCAACGGUGGAGGAGAACGGUGAACAGUAUUUCGGAUCGGACGAGGUCGAAGUGCUCGAUAGAACCCCAUAUUGCUUUCUGUUGCUAGGUGGGUGCUAUAUUGUCAUGCAGAUUAUUGGCUCUCUGUUAUUGGUUGAUCCACAAUACCAUGGCAAGGUUAUUGAAGAGGAAGAGAAGUUACUUGUAUCUAUAAACAGUGAACCGGAAGACAUAAGAUGGAGUGGAAUAACUAUACGUAGAAAAGAGAUGUUGAAGACGAGAGCAUUUUGGACAUUGUGGUUGACAUUCAUGGCAAAUACCCAGACGUCAGUCCUGGUUGCAACAUUGUAUAAAGCGUUCGGUCAAACCUUUAUAUCUAAUGAUCGUUUACUGUCAAUAGUUGGAUCAUUCGCCUCAGUGUGCAAUUGUUUUGGCCGCAUAGUGUGGGGACAUUUGGCUGACAAAUUUUGCUUCCGGGAUGCUAUGAUGUUGCUAUGUGCAUUAAAUGCUGCUUUUUUAUUCACAAUUGUAGCAGUACCGGAAGCUGGUGAAGUAAUGUUUUUCAUUUGGGUGUGUUCUAUAUUCUUUAUGUUUUCUGGUAAUUUUUCACUGUUUCCAACGGCAACCGCCAGAGCCUUUGGCAAAGAUUAUGUUGGAGAAAACUAUGGUUUAUUGUUUACCUCAUUAAUAGUAGCUUCAUUAAUUGGAACCCUGUCAUCUAGUAUACUAUCUGAUGUAAUUGGAUGGACAGGGAUAUUUUUUUACUGUGCUGGAUUUUCCGUAUUUGGACUAAUACUAACGUUCACGUUUAACGUGAAAACACCGACAGGGCAACACAUCUAG